AUGUCUGUGAGCCAAAUGCCUCACCUCAUCCCGGCCCCCGUAACAAAGCUUAUUGUUUCUUCUGGAUCAUGGAGCUCGGAACACAUAAUCCCCCCACUCAACAUCGCUUCCACCACUCCGGGGCACAUCUUUUUACCAAGGAUUGACACAUUCUAUCAGGUCAUGAAGAAAACAUCGUCUUUGGUAACAACACUUCAAGGGAAAUAUUUUGAAAUCGUUCGAACAGGAACAGGUCCCCUGGCUCCAACGACAACUCUAGGCUGGCUGGAGUUGGAUGGAGUGGGACCGAUCUGGAGAAGAGGGCAGUUGGAUGCAAGGGAACCAGAUCCCCCGCGGGUCCCUGGCCCCUACGGUCUCAAGGAGAUCCGGGUCGUGAUACGGCCAAUUCCGGGGAUUCCUGAUUGCACUAGAACUACCCCACCUAUCUUAGAGGAUCUGUUCGUAGUUUCACAAGCGAUUCCUCCCCAAUCCCUGUACGGGAUGGUGUACAACGGCACACCGGCAGACACCGACAUCCAUUCUUCCCCCUUGACCCCAUCCGCUUCUACAUACCUCCCCCGCAGCCCUGGACCUUCCAUGGGCCCCUCUGUUGGUGGAGGGAGGCCACGGAGGUCAGACACUUUAAGGGAACGGCAGGUGGAGCAAGCUGUGGCAGGCCCAAGCCGGCCCACACUUUCCACUAGCCGCAGACGGCAAACAUCUACCCCUUACGGGAGGGCGAGUGAAAGGAGGCCAAAGGGUAUAAAGUCCACUGCACGUCGACAGCUACCCGUCACUCCACCAAACGCCCCCGCAACUGAUAAUAAUCACCCCUAUUAUUGGUACCCCCAAGUUCAACCCUCGAACCAUCCAUUCCAACAAUCGUCUGACGCUUUUACCGGAGAGCCGUUUCUAAACUUCGGUGCGGUCACCACACCAGGAACAUUCGGGCUGCAGCCCACUGCAGACUCUUCCCCUCAGCGGGGUUAUGAUGCUGCAUCUUCAUCGAUGUGGCAGAACCCAUCCCCUCUGGGGUUGCCACUUAGAGUCGAGGCGCACCAAGAGUCGCAGUUAUGGGCCCCGAGCUCCAUCCCUGGAGGGGAUACGCUACAAAAUAUCUUGAGAUCCUUCCCGUCAGCCCCUGGCAGCAGUGGACACGCCCCCGCACCGUUGCCUGCCGACGAUCAUUUCUCUACAUAUUUUGACGUAGAUCCCCAGGGGGGGCUUUGA